AAGAUGAAUCGUGUAUUUUUAAGACAGCUUUCAUCCCUUGCUCAGCCUUUGGCUAAAGCUGGCCAGGGGAAAUACUUGGUGCCCAACACUCCAAGGUACAAGAAAUUGAUGGAAAAACAAGCCAUCUUCACUGUAAGUUAUAUAUAGAAAAUCAACCAGUCACUGACCGAAACAUUAUUUAAAAAAAAAAUAAAGCAAGAUUUUUUUGGAAUAAAUAUUGAGUGCGCUCUACAUCUUUAUUUGGUAUAUGUUUUGUUAAUUAAGUAAUGACUGGAAGAGUUCAUUACUGUGAGUUAGUAAGUACAAAAAUAGAAUCUAUCUCACAGGGAAAAGCUACUACUACUCAUGAUUUACCACAAUUAUAAAUAGAGACUUUUAAAGACUUUAAAAACAAAAAUUCUUUUGACUUUAAACUAUAAAUAUUUAAAAUAUUUCUGAGUAUAUACAAAAAGUAAAAAAAUGAAAGGAUUCAAAUAUUAUGUUUUCUUUUCUUAGUGAUGAAUGUUAACCAUGAACAUAGUGUUAAUCUUUUGAAAAGUUCAAAGCAUAUCAACUUGUAUUGGGGGGGUUAAUAUUUUAAAAAAACAAUUACAAUUUAAAAAAUAUGAUUAAAUGUAAAUACCUGUGCUCAAAAUGUGAUUUCAUGUUCUUUUUGUUUUUUAUUAGGGAUGCUAUUUUUAACUUCAUUUUUAUUUUACCUUUAGAGAGAUGACGGCCUGCUUGUGUGGCAGAAACUGUCUACCGACAAAGCGACCUAUGCCACGGUUGUGGCUCUUGUCACCGUUGGUGUGCUUUGGUCCGCCUAUUGUCUAGCAAAGUUUGCAUCGCCACCCAAGAACCAAUGAGGAUUCAAAUGAGGACAACAUAGUGAUUGACACUGUUAGAGAAUACACCAAUUUUAAGUAUAUGCAUAUUGCUAUAUACAGAUAGAGUGAACUGAAAGAGAGAAUAUUUUGAAUGUUUAUAAAUAAAUUAAAAAAUGCUCUAAAAAAUCAAUGAGCUUUCAAAAUUCUUAUUAGUGAGACGAGUGUCUAAAUGAAAUGAGUAAUAAGGAGAAUACUAUUGGCAUCCUAUUUAAUACCGUGGAGACCAGAAUUUUUAAAAAAUAUGGAACCUAACUGGUAUGGCUGCUACUGAUGGGUUUUUAUUUCAGUUUUAAUGUUCAGUUCUGAUAUGGCAGUGGUUGCAUCUGAUUUUGUUAGAUCCCAAUGACAUUUUUUGAUUUGACAUGAAUAAAUGACAUACUUUUUUUUAAAGCGUGGCACUGCAUCUUUUUAUGUGUGUGUGUAAAAGUAGCUAAAGCCCCCCAAGCAAUGACUGCCACAGUGGGUGAACUACCCAUCUACUAAAGGUGCUAGAUGAUGAUGAUUGAUCACUUGUAUGGUGCUUGUCUCCGUGCUGUCCUAGCAUGCUCAACCCAAGCAAUGACUGCCACAGUGGGUGAACUACCCAUCUACUAAAGGUGCUAGAUGAUGAUGAUUGAUCACUUGUAUGGUGCUUGUCUCCGUGCUGUCCUAGCAUGCUCAACCCAAGCAAUGACUGCCACAGUGGGUGAACUACCCAUCUACUAAAGGUGCUAGAUGAUGAUGAUUGAUCACUUGUAUGGUGCUUGUCUCCGUGCUGUCCUAGCAUGCUCAACCCAAGCAAUGACUGCCGCAGUGGGUGAACUACCCAUCUACUAAAGGUGCUAGAUGAUGAUGAUUGGUCACUUGUAUGCUGCUUGUCUCCGUGCUGUUCUAGCAUGCUCAAAGCGCUCCGAUCUCAUAAAAUCUAUUUAAAGAAGAAUGUCAAUAAAUGUUUCUCAGAUGUUUUUUAACAUUUUUAAUUGCCCU